AUGGAGGCACUUGGGAAUUUGGCAUUAGACAGAGGAAGGAGGUAUGUCAAUUUGGAUGAUAAUCUCAGGUCGCUCGAAAGGAAAUUGCGAAGAUUAGUUGGCAGAAAGUCUGACCUCGAGUCGCAAGUGACAGAUGCAGAAAGGUCAGGUACUAAGAAAAGGAAAAGGGAGGUUGAUAUUUGGUUCGAGGAGGUAGCAACAGUAGAAAAUGAAUUCGGUGCUUUGAAAAAAUGCAUACAGGAGGGUGGAUUCCUAGAGAGAGCAAUUAGCAGUGGGGAUAGAGUGGCGGCAAUGGAUGGAACUGUAGAAGACCUUAUUGAGCAAAGUAAGCAUUUUGAUGGGCUUUGGCUUGAGGCUUUUGAGAGCAGGGGUGAGCCACGAGUGACAACAAAAUUAUUUGGAGAAAAGUUUGACAGAGGUUUGAAAGCAAUCUGGGCAUGGUUGGUCAUUGAUAGCAUCUCAAUCAUUGGGAUUUACGGGAUGGGCGGUGUGGCCAAGACUACAUUGGCGAAACACAUCCAUAAUCAUCUCCUUGAUAAAACUCAAUUCAGGGUUUGUUGGAUUACUGUCUCUCAAGAAUUCAGCAUUAAAAGGCUGCAAGAUGACAUUGCUAAAUGGCUAAGGCUUGAUCUGUCAAACGUGGGUGAUGAGGAUAGCAGGGCAGCCAUUUUGUCCAGGGCAUUGGUGAAGCAGUCUGUCCUCAUACUCGAUGAUGUUUGGCAAGAAUUUUCUUUUGAAAAGAUUGGAAUUCCUCUUGGUGCAAACAAAUGCAGAGUGAUCUUGACUACUCGAUCACUGGUAUUAUGCAAUAGGAUUAGCUGUCAAAGGGUAUUUGAAGCUAAAACUUUGGCUACAAAUGAAGCUUGGGAUUUGUUCAAACAUACACUCGACCCUAAGACAGUGCUUCGUGGAGAUGUGGAAGGUAUUGCCAAGUCCAUUGUGAAAGAGUGUGAUGGUUUGCCUCUUGGUAUUAUCACAGUGGCUGGGAGCAUGAGAGGUGUGAGCGACAUCUGUGAGUGGAGAAAUGCAUUGGAACAAUUAAAAGCAUGUUCGGUAGGGCAUGAUGAGAUGGAACGAGAUGUGUUUCCCAUUCUGGAAUGGAGUUUCAAUCGCCUGGAUAAAUAUGAAAGAAAUUGCUUCUUGUAUUGCUGUCUUUAUCCGGAAGAUUGGAAAAUAGAAAGAAAGGAACUAAUAGACCUAUUUAUUUGGGCCGAGCUGAUGCCAAAAUGGAACUCAAGGUCAGAAGCAUUUGAUCAAGGUCACACAAUAUUAAACAAACUGAUAAAAAUUUGCUUGCUGGAAGAAACUGAAGAUUUCGAUGGGGAUGACUGUGUGAAGAUGCAUGAUUUGAUCAGAGAUAUGGCAUUAAGGAUCACGAAUGCAACCUCCAAACUAGAGAUGAGCAGAGAUGAUGUACCACGAUUCUUGGUGAAAUGCUUAGGACAGGAAGAUUCAAAAGUAACACAGGAAGAAUGGACAGCAGAUCUCCAUGCAGUCUCCUUUCAUUCAUCUUCAUAUGACAUAGAAAUUCCACCAGCCUGGUCACCAAAUUGUCCUAAGCUCUCAACCUUGCUUCUUUCUCGGGCUUCCAUAAAAGAAAUCCCAGAUUCAUUCUUUCGGCACAUGUGUGGACUUAAAGUUUUGAAUCUAUCUCAGUGCUAUGGUAUAACAAAGCUGCCUAAUUCUGUUUCAGACUUGGUGAAUCUCACUGCCUUGAUUUUGGGGCAUUGUGUAGGCCUCCGAUCUGUGCCACCACUGGGAAAGCUCAAGCAAUUGAGGGAAUUGGAUCUAUCAUCGACAAAGAUUGAGGAUUUACCUGAAGGUUGGGAGUCAUUGGUCAACCUCGAAAGGCUUGACUUGAACAAGUGUCUGAAUUUAAGACGAAAGAUAAUAAUACCAAAAGGGACAUUUUCCCAAUUUCACCGUCUUCAACAGCUAUUAUUGCCACGGUCUGGCAGGGUACAAGUUAAUGAUCCAGAAGUGUUGAACCAAUUAGAAAGUUUUAGAGGAAGUUUGUCUUUUACGGACUUCUAUAAAAUUACUCGGUGGCCAAAAUACUAUAAUAAUGUUUAUAUCAAUGACAUCUUAACUGAGGAUUCGAGUUUUGUUAAUGAAGUGAGGGGGUUCCGGAAGAAACAACUGCAUUUCCAUCAGUGUAAGCUUGAUAGAGGAUCGAACUAUCUGCCAGAUGAUAUGGAACGUCUGAUAAUCGAGGAUUGUGAGGGCAUUAGGUGCUUGUCAGAUGUUUUUAAGAAUUUUAUAAAUUUAAGCCACUUAUCUGAAUUGUCCUCUGCUUCUCCACGUGAUCAGCUAGAAGUCUCGUAUUUUAGUUCACUCUGUCAUCUCGAAGUGCUACGCCUCUCCUGGUUGCCAAAUCUAGUUGGUCUUUUUUGCGGAGAGUCAGAACCAUCAUAUUUGCUUCCAGCUGGCACCUUUUCUUCCCUUAGAGAAUUGUGGAUUUCUGGAUGUCACAACAUGAAGCAGCUAUUCACAGUGCAGUUGCUGCAGAACCUUCAAAAUCUUAAAGAAUUAAGAGUUGAACAUUGUGAAGGACUGGAGGAGAUAGCAGCAGAUGGCAAUGAAGUAGGACAAGGAGGAGGAGAAGGCAUCCAAUUGACUUCAAGUGAGGCCACCGCCACUGUCGUCCUUCCAAAUUUAAGGAAGUUGCAUCUGAGGGGGCUGCCGCAACUGAAGAACAUUUGCAAGGCAGCCAUGAUCUGCGAAUCAAUCCCGUCCAAUAAUAUGGCAGAUUGUCGAAAUUUAAAGAGGCUGCCUUUGUUUCUUUCCACCAUCGACGGAGAAUCAGAACCAUCAUAUUUGCUUCCAGCUGGCACCUUUUCUUCCCUUAGAGAAUUGUGGAUUUUUGGAUGUCACAACAUGAAGCAGCUAUUCACGGUGCAGUUGCUGCAGAACCUUCAAAAUCUAGGAGAAUUUUACGUUUACGAUUGUGAAGGACUGGAGGAGAUAGCAGCAGAUGGCAAUGGAGUAGGACAAGGAGGAGGAGAAGGCAUCCAAUUGACUUCAAGUGGAGCCACCGCCACAGUCAUCCUUCCAAAAUUAAGAUGGUUGCGUCUGACUAGGCUGCCUCAACUGAAGAACAUUUGCAAGGCAGCCAUGAUCUGCGAUUCAAUCAAGGAGAUUGAAAUUUUCGAUUGUCCAAAUUUAAAGAGGCUGCCUUUGUUUCUUUCCACCAUUGACGGACCACCAUCUUUUCCCAGCACUCUUAGUGAAAUCAGGGGAGACAAAGGAUGGUGGGAAUCGUUAGAGUGGGACAAUCCUAGUGCCAAAAAUGCCCUUGACCCACUUUUUAGUACAUGGAGAUGA